AAAAUAAAUACUAAUGAUUUAAGUCUUUAAACUAUUUUGGAAAAAAUGAAAAUAGUUUAAAAAAUAAAUAAAGACACCUGGAUUGAGUUGGGAUCAGAAGCAAUUCCUUUUCUACUUCUCACGUUAGGGUUUUAACUUCAUCUUCUUCCUCUUCUAUCCCACCAGGAACUGCAUCAGUGAUCUGCAGAAUGGGUGAGACCGGUAAAAGAAAUCGUCCACAGAGAGACCGUGGGGACCGUAACGGAGACAACAAAAAUCAAAAGAGGCGUGUGAAUGACAAAGAUGAAAGGGACAGGGGCGAGUUGGUCGUGUAUAGGAUACUUUGUCCGGAUGGAGUUAUUGGGAGUGUUAUUGGUAAGAGUGGCAAAGUUAUAAAUUCAAUAAGGCAAGAGACUAGGGCAAAAGUCAAGGUUGUGGAUCCGUUUCCUGGUGCCAAGAAUCGAGUUAUAACUAUCUACUGUCAUGUUAAGGAUAAGGAAGAAAUUGAUGCUGAAGAUGAAUUUGACAAUGAUAAGCCUUUAUGUGCUGCCCAAGAUGCUCUUAUCAAGGUUCAUUCUGCCAUUUCAAAUGCCAUGGAAGCUGCUGGUGAUUCUGAGAAGAAACGAAAGAGUAAAGAGGAAUGCCACAUUCUGGUUCCGUCAAGCCAGUCUGCCAUUAUGAUUGGCAAAGCUGGGGCCACCAUUAAACGAAUGAGAGUUAAGACGAGGACUAAUAUCAAGGUCAUUUCAAAGGAUGCAGCUGACCCUGAGCACUCGUGUGCUAUGGAAUUUGACAAUUUUGUGGUGAUUACAGGUGAACCGGAAGCUGUAAAAAGAGCAUUAUUUGCAGUUUCAACUAUUAUGUACAAAUUCUCCCCCAAGGAGGACAUUCCUCUUGACACAUCUUUAGCAGAAACCCCUCAUAGCAUUAUCAUUCCUUCUGAAGUUCCUAUUUACCCUCCUGGUGGACUAUAUCCAGCUUCUGAUCCUAUUAUUCAACCUAGAUCUUUUCCUCAAAUUAUAGGUGCUACAACUGUGCAAGAUCUGCAUGGUUAUGCAGAUGCAGGAAAUGCAUGGUCUCUGUACUCAUCUUCUCUUCCAGUAGUUUCCAGUCUAGGUGCUUCUCAAUCUGAAGAGUUAAUUAUUAGAAUGCUGUGCCCCUCUGGCAAAAUUGGACAUGUAAUUGGGAAGGGAGGGGGUACUAUUAAACGUAUGAGGCAAACUAGUGGUGCUCGUAUUGAGGUUGAUGAUUCCAAGGCUUGUCAUGAUGAUUGCUUAAUCACUAUAACUGCAACAGAGUCUUCAAGUGAUCUGAAAUCCAUAGCUGUUGAAGCUGUUCUACUGCUGCAAGAAAAGAUAAAUGAUGAAGAUGAUACGCCGGUUUCAAUCCGGCUCUUAGUUCCAUCUAAAGUGAUAGGGUGUAUUAUAGGGAGAAGUGGUUCAAUCAUAAAUGAAAUUCGGAAGAGAACUAAGGCUGAUAUUCAAAUCUCAAGAAGUAAUAAGCCCAAAUAUGCAGAUGACAAUGAUGAGCUUGUUGAGGUGGUAGGUGAAGUUGAUUGUGUGAGAGAUGCUCUAAUUCAGAUAGUCUUGAGACUAAGGGAGGAUGUAUUGAGAAAACGGGACAUUGACCAAAAACCUCCCAUAGGUGCCGAAUCUUUGUACGCAGGCAGUUCUGUUCUUUCAGCACCAUCUAUGCUGCCUUCCGUUCCUGCUGCUGCACUAGCUUAUGAUCAGAGGACUGGAAGUGCAACUGGAACUGGACUGGGCAUGCACUCUUCUAGCAGCCGUUAUGGAUAUGAUUCUUACUCGAUACCAGACAAUGGUUAUGGAUCUAUGUCUUCAUAUGCCACCAAGAUGUAUGAAGGACAUAGUUUGCCUCCCCUGUCAACAUCUGAGAUGUUUGUUCCUGCUAAUGCUGUUGGCAAAGUGAUGGGUAAAGGUGGGGCAAAUCUAGCCAAUAUCAGGAAGGGUGGUAAUGCUGAUGAUAGAGCCUCAACCUCGACAUACUUUAUAUUUUUGUGUGGCAAUCCUAUCUCGUGGACAUCGAAAAAGAAAAGGUCACUAGCUCGAUCAUCCACUGAAGCAGAAUAUCGAGCAGUAGCAAUAGGAGCAACUGAGCUUUUAUGGCUCCUCAAAUUAAUCAAAGAACUACGGGAUGAGGCAUAUCUCAAUGGACUACCAUUUUGUUUGAGAACAAGUUCAAGCUGACAUUCUACAAGUCUCUCAUGUCUCUACAAAGGAUAAACUAGUUGAUAUCAUCACAAAACCCCUUGCCACACAACAAUUCAAAGAUCUCACAUUCAAGAUGCAAGUUAUCUAUGUAAACUUGCUCUUGAGGGGGCAUAUAAGAGCAUCACGACAAGGCAAUGACAAGGCUGCAUAACUUGGUCAAAUAACGGUUCCUUAUUCUCAAGCUAACUUAGAGCAACAGAUCGAUUAGUAUUAAUUGACUUUUAUUUGUUGUUAAUUACCAUUAAUAUUUGUAUUCGUUACACUUGUAUAUGAGGAGAAUAUUACUCUCUAUAAGUACAUUAUCAUCUAUAAAUUAAAAUCAUCACAGCAAUCUCUCUUUCUAUAAUUUCUUCAAUCA